AUGGUCCGAUCAACUUGGACGAGCUUAGUUUGCCUGCUUAGCUUGAGCUGCGCAGAGCCAGAUGUCCUUUCUUCGCAGCUUCUGAGGAUAGGUCCCGGAACGAAAAGUUCCCUGCGAAAAGAUGGAGGUCUUCAACAACCGUUUUACAGAUCCGCAAAUGGAUGGACAAAGCUUACUUACGACGAGGACCCACUGGAGUUGGCAUUCAAGGUUGAUGGUCGCACGGCUCGAAUAGGUGGUGCUUCGCGAACAUUCUACAAUGCCACUUAUGCCGAAGUAUCUUCCAACCUCAUGGUUGAUGACGUUCCUCGUGUUUCACUGAAGCGAAUAUUCAGCUUUCCAGCCGAGUCGGUCUUCAGAUCUGAAUUCCGCUUGACAGCUUUGAGCUCCCUGUCCAGUGUGCAGUUGUGGAUGGGCACGUCAGAUGACUGGAUCGGCACGACCGACGAACCGACCAAAGAGCAAGGUGAAUUCCGCAUGGGCAGCUUCACCUCUGCGGCACAUGGAAGCGUGCUCCACGUGUUCUCCGGUGAGGAGGACGUCUUUUUCUUUUCGACUCACCCUCAAAGCCAUGCAAUCAUCCUCGCUCACUACGGGCACUGGAGCGACGUAGUUGGCGUGACAGCGUCAGAGUUGCACUCGUCGCAGUCAGAUGGGGCAUAUGGAGUUUAUGUGCCGGUGGGACCUUUUGCCGAUGGCGAAUCCAAGUCCGUGAGCGUCUAUUUCGCUGCAGCAGCUGGUCAUCGCUUGACAGAGCUUCUCCAUGAAACGGAGGCUGCACGUGACAAAGACGUCACUACAACGUCAACGACAACAACCACUACCACUGCAGCACCGCUUGUCCUGCAGACGCCCGCCCUGAGACUGGCUUUCCUUCCGGGAGGAGGUCUCGGGCAGCCGUUCUACAAGUCCAGCAGACGUGGUUGGACCAAGUUGACGUACAACAACCAAAACCUGGACUGCAGUGUCAAGGUGAAUGGCCACUUAACCGACAUGGGUGGCAAUGUUGCUCUGGACUUCAAGAACUCCAGCUACGCCCGAGCAAGCGGAGCGCUAUCACUAUCUGGGACACCGCAGGUGCAGCUCACCAGAACUUAUAGCUUUCUUGGCAAUGGCCUGGUCUUCAAAGCCCACUUCCAAGUUGUGGCCUUACAGGCCGUGUCCAACGUGCAGGUUUGGAUGGGAACUUCAGAUGACUGGAUCGGGACAUCGGAUCGGCCAACGAAGGUUCAAGGUGUCUUCCGCGGAGGCGAGUUUGUGCCAACUCCACACGGCCGAAUCUUGCGGGUCCACUCAGGUGAGGAGGAUGUCUUCGUGUAUUCGACUCAUCCCGACAGCCAUGCCAUCAUACUGUCCCACUAUGGCCAGUGGGAUGACGUGCUGGCUGCUACACAAUCAGACCUCCACUCAUCAACUUCGGAUGGGGCCUAUGGCAUCUACGUGCCUCUGGGGAGAAUGGCUGCCGGGGAGAGCAAAUCUGCGAGUGUCUAUUAUGCCGCGGCAGAUGCUGACCACAUAGCCGAGCUCCUCCAUGAAGCAGAGGCUGCACACGACAAAGACGUCACUACAACGUCAACGACAACAACCACUACCACUGCAGCACCGCUUGUCCUGCAGACGCCCGCCCUGAGACUGGCUUUCCUUCCGGGAGGAGGUCUCGGGCAGCCGUUCUACAAGUCCAGCAGACGUGGUUGGACCAAGUUGACGUACAACAACCAAAACCUGGACUGCAGUGUCAAGGUGAAUGGCCACUUAACCGACAUGGGUGGCAAUGUUGCUCUGGACUUCAAGAACUCCAGCUACGCCCGAGCAAGCGGAGCGCUAUCACUAUCUGGGACACCGCAGGUGCAGCUCACCAGAACGUAUAGCUUCCUUGGCAAUGGCCUGGUCUUCAAAGCCCACUUCCAAGUUGUGGCCUUGCAGGCCGUGUCCAACGUGCAGGUUUGGAUGGGAACUUCAGAUGACUGGAUCGGGACAUCGGAUCGGCCAACGAAGGUUCAAGGUGUCUUCCGCGGAGGCGAGUUUGUGCCAACUCGACACGGCCGAAUCUUGCGGGUCCACUCAGGUGAGGAGGAUGUCUUCGUGUAUUCGACUCAUCCCGACAGCCAUGCCAUCAUACUGUCCCACUAUGGCCAGUGGGAUGACGUGCUGGCUGCUACACAAUCAGACCUCCACUCAUCAACUUCGGAUGGGGCCUAUGGCAUCUACGUGCCUCUGGGGAGAAUGGCUGCCGGGGAGAGCAAAUCUGCGAGUGUCUAUUAUGCCGCGGCAGAUGCUGACCACAUAGCCGAGCUCCUCCAUGAAGCAGAGGCUGCACACGACAAAGACGUCACUACAACGUCAACGACAACAACCACUACCACUGCAGCACCGCUUGUCCUGCAGACGCCCGCCCUGAGACUGGCUUUCCUUCCGGGAGGAGGUCUCGGGCAGCCGUUCUACAAGUCCAGCAGACGUGGUUGGACCAAGUUGACGUACAACAACCAAAACCUGGACUGCAGUGUCAAGGUGAAUGGCCACUUAACCGACAUGGGUGGCAAUGUUGCUCUGGACUUCAAGAACUCCAGCUACGCCCGAGCAAGCGGAGCGCUAUCACUAUCUGGGACACCGCAGGUGCAGCUCACCAGAACGUAUAGCUUCCUUGGCAAUGGCCUGGUCUUCAAAGCCCACUUCCAAGUUGUGGCCUUACAGGCCGUGUCCAACGUGCAGGUUUGGAUGGGAACUUCAGAUGACUGGAUCGGGACAUCGGAUCGGCCAACGAAGGUUCAAGGUGUCUUCCGCGGAGGCGAGUUUGUGCCAACUCCACACGGCCGAAUCUUGCGGGUCCACUCAGGUGAGGAGGAUGUCUUCGUGUAUUCGACUCAUCCCGACAGCCAUGCCAUCAUACUGUCCCACUAUGGCCAGUGGGAUGACGUGCUGGCUGCUACACAAUCAGACCUCCACUCAUCAACUUCGGAUGGGGCCUAUGGCAUCUACGUGCCUCUGGGGAGAAUGGCUGCCGGGGAGAGCAAAUCUGCGAGUGUCUACUAUGCCGCGGCAGAUGCGGAUCGUCUAGCGGAGCUUCUCAGGGAUGCCAGUGCAGCUUCGCACGAAGAUGAUACUACGACGACCACGAGCACAGCACCUCCUCCGGUGGCACAUAUCUUGAAAUCGUCGACGUUGCGGUUUGCCCUGCUCGAAGAGGGAGGCCUGGGCGGACCUCUUUACCGUUCCGAGCUCAUGGGCUGGACGAAGUUGACCUACAACCAUCAGAACUUGGACUGCACUGUCAAGGUGAAUGGUCGAGUGGUAGACUACAGCAGUGAUCCACGCGAGGUGUUCUUCAGCAACUCGAGCUAUGCUACGUCUAUUUCGCGACUGAAAUUGGAUGGACAUGAAGUGGCAGUUCUGACGCGGGUGUAUAGCUUCCUGGAAGAUGGCCUUGUCUUCCGAGCUCAAUUCACUGCCGUCGCGCUGGCAGAGAUAUCGAGUCUGGAGGUGUGGAUGGGAACGUCUAAUGACUGGCUUGGGAGCACUGACCGGCCCACCAAAGAACAAGGUGCCUUUCACGGGGAUGACUUUACUCCCGUCCCACAGGCAUGCAUUCUACGUGUACGCUCCCGAGAGGAGACUUUGUUCUUCUUUUCCAACCACCCUGACAGCCAUGCUAUCAUUGUCGAGCAGCCCGGGCGCUGGCAGGACGUAUAUGCCCUGACCUCGUCUUCAACAGAAGCAUCUGUGGCCGACGGCGCUUAUGGGAUCUACGUGCCCUUUGGAAAGUUCGGGCUCGGCGAGACCAAGUCCGCGAGCUUCUUCUAUGGAGCGACGGAGGCAGAUCGCUUGGUCGAUCUGAUGCCCGCGACUGCAAGAGUUUUCCGAACUUAUCCAAUGGCCCCAAGCAGAAACAACCUCUUGGUGCAAGACUACGAGCAGUGCACAGACGGAUCAGCGAACUCCUCCGUGGAUUGCCAAAAAGCAGAUUUUUGCUGGAAUCACAUGGCGGUCGUGCACAGUAACUGCCGAGUGCUUUACGUAUCAACGAUGAGCAUCAGCGAGCUGAAGAAGUAUAUUUGUGGCAAGUCAACGUGCGCUGCAGCUGCCAGGAUUGCCCAGAGAAAAUGUGGGCGAACAUAUGCUAUAGACACGAGUUGGCUGGCACCGGUGUUCUUCUACUACGACAGAUAUUGCAGUGACGAAUUUCACGUAACAGACCUCGUGAACGACCAGAGCAGCUGCGAACUGUCGCUUCUGGACCGGCUGCAUGGCUUUUGUGAACGAGUGAUGAGCUGCUUCACCGAAGCCGGUGCUUUUGCGCGGAACUGCAGAUUGGAUCAAGCAACGAUGCAGGAGGUCCAAACAGUUGUUGAAAGCAGGGGUUGCGCAGAUGCGGCAGAGCACGUGCUCGAUCUAUGCGGAGACUAUGAUAGUGUCCGACGUACCACCACUGCGAUGAGGCAGUACCGGAAAUUCUUCCAGCAGUCUGGAGUGGCAGCGCUGCCAUCUCCGCCAGGUCUGACACCGUGGCCGACAAACACAUCGCACUUCCUGACGCCGGCCUACGAGCGCUGCACGGGGUUGACUGCAGACAUCACGGAGAGGAACAGCGAGGAAUGUCACACGGCUGUGCAUUGCCACAGCCUCCUCGCAGCAGCGACGACAGCUUGUGACGUGAUUUGGCUCCCGUCGAUGGGUGUCUCCUCAUUGGCUGACCAUGUCUGUGGCAGAUCCCUUUGCGGCUCUUUUGCACGUCGUGUCGAGGCCGAGUGUGGCCACUUCCACCGGGCCAGAAGCGUCUUCGGCCCGGUGAUGUCUUACAGGCGCAAGUACUGCCCAGACUCGGGUCACACAGACAUGAUCAAUGACCUCUUCGUGUGCAGACUGACACCGAAGAACAGCAGCACCCGACCUCACUGCGAUGCCGCUGCCCGCUGCCAGGAGCAGAGCUCACUGGUAGAUCGGCAAUGUCUGGUUCUCACUUCCAACUUGGAAGAAUCCGCAGAUAAUGUUUGCAGUGCGCAAUGCAGGAGUUUCAUCAAUGCGACGCUGGACACAUGCGCUGAUUACGGAGCCAUCACGGAGAGCCUGAAGGUGUUCCAAGCUUAUCAAGAUGCUCUUGCCUGUGGCCCAGAUGCUGAAGCGGAGUUCUUCUCCAGAUCCUACAGCUCCAUUACGGUCUUCCUCUCUGCCUCGCAAAGUAUAGCAGGUGCCAUCGUCAUCGGCACAACAUUGGCAUGCGUCAGUGUUGCCUUCCUGACGAUACGCAGUCUAAGCCUGGGCGGGCUACCGCAACGCAUGUGCUACGUGAGGGUCACGUCUGAAGAGCAUGUGCCGCUGACCAGUUACUUAGACGGGUUUGACAGCGACGCAUGA